CAUCGGAAGGUGAUUGUGCAGCACGACGACGAAGUUGAACCCUCGGCGGAGCAAAGUAAUGUUUUUAAAGCGAUAAUGUGCCCAGUGAGAUGAAGCCGUAUUUUUACAUCCGGGUAUUCCUGAUGUAUCGAUUAAUCAGUGCGCGCGAAAUUAGGUAAUAUAGACGGCAAACAUGGCUGCGCCCACAGGACCGAGAGGAAAUGCAACCUCUAACCCGGCCGGGUUUGAAGGUUUUCCGUUCGCCGUGGCCGCCAAACCACCGGGGGACAGCUCCGGUAAAGAGCCGGAGCAAACCGGGGGGGUGAAAAAGAAGCCGUGCAGAGCUUGUACGGACUUUAAAUCGUGGAUGAAGGUCCAGAAGAACCAGACGACGUCUGCUGCACAGGAGCCCCAAGAGUCAGAGCCACAAGACCCACAAUGUCCGCUAGACAGGGGAGAGUUGGGCCGCAACACGUGGUCCUUCCUGCACACCAUGGCGGCCUAUUACCCCGACAGUCCAUCUUCCACCCAGCAGCAAGAGAUGGGGCAGUUCAUCAACCUUUUCUCCAAGUUCUUCCCGUGUGACGAAUGUGCAGAAGACCUCAGGGGCAGGUUGAAAACCAACCAGCCGGACACCAGGAGUCGCCACGCGCUCUCUCAGUGGCUCUGUCACAUCCACAACGGCGUCAACGUCCGGCUGGGAAAGCCCGAGUUCGACUGCUCCCGCGUCGACGAGCGUUGGAAAGACGGAUGGAAAGAUGGUUCCUGCGACUGAGGCCUGAGAGGAGAAAUGAUUUCUGUCGGUGCAAAACUUUUAAGUGGGGAGGCCGCAAUGUGGACCGAACGACUUUUGUGGGGAAUCUUAAUGUGAAGAGAAAGACACUAUGUUGUGGGCUUUGAAUUCUUGUUUAGUGGUCGGUUAAUCAAACUCAUCUGGCAAUAAUUAAAGAUAUUUAUAACCUGUUACUCAGUUUGCUCUGAUCUGCCCGUUAAAGUUUGUUAUAAUUAGUACAUAAAACUUUUGCUACCUGCAUCUUAAGUCUUGUUUCACCCAGAAGAAUCCCCACAACUCGGAAUAUCAGAUCCAGCAAUUUAUUUUGUGAAUACUACAUCCAGACACAUACUGUUAUAAUACAGAUUUUAUGUUUGAAUAUUUGCAUAGUUGUGUGUGGGUGGGGGGGGGUCUGUAUACCUAUGGGUAUGUUAAUUUAUUUUCGUAAGUGCUGGAAUUAUUAUGUAAUUUGCUAUUUACAAAUAUUCAAUUAAAUUAAGUUUAAAAACUCUGUCUUUAAAACUGCUCAUCAAAAGGGGUGAUUUACUUUUAUUUCUCUAAUUCAUGACAUUGUCAAUUGCUUUUGGACAAAAUAAGCACUUUCAAACAGACACCUCAGAUUCAGCCAGAUGUCACUUAUAUUUUUUAAUCGAACAAACAAUUCAUAAAAGGAGGUACGAUAUAAUAUGGAUAAUUAAAACACCUGUGACGGCUCUUACCCUUUAGUGAAGUUUAUUAAUAAACACUGAGAAUGACUUUGUUAUUCGAGGAGCCAGUAGAGGACACGUACGCUCAGCUGCUACUGUUUGUUUUCACUGUUAUUCUGAUCCUAUAGUUGUGGUUUUUUUGUGUUUGUUCCACAUACUAAUACAAUCAGAAUUAAUCGACAACUCUGAUAAUAGUUAUUAGAUAUUAUAUUAUAAUAUUAGUUGUAUCGUUACAGUUGAGAUAUUGCAUUUUGAAGUAGACGUCGCUGACCUCUAGUGGUCAGAGACACGAACGACACGCACGAUAUCGUAUUCUCACAAUAUCUGCUUUGUUGUACUGUGAAGCUCGACAGGAGUAAACUUGUGACAGUGGCUUAUUGUGGUGUUUGUACAUCAUCAUGAGACUUGUCUUUAUGAGAUAUUUAUUUAUUAUUUAUUUAUUUAUUAAUGUAGUGUAAUCAAUGUGUGCGUCUAAUGGAGGAGCCAAGGCAGGGUUUUACUUUCUUUUUACUCCCCCAGCAGUCUGGGGAUGUUUGACGACAUAGAUGGAUGGAUGGAUUAUGAAUUAUUUUAUUCUAUGUUACUGGAAUGAGAUAAUAAAGGCAUGUACGUUUCUUAUGAA